UAAAAAAGACGUCUAAUCAAAAAAUAAAUAAAUUGCUUGCUCGCUCUUGCUUGGAUAAAAUAUUUAGAUAUUCUUCUCUUACAAUUUUUAAAUCGAGGCUAAAUAUAACUAUUCGUCGAAAGAACUUUUAACUCUCUUAGUUUCACAAUGCCUAAAGUACGCCGAAGCCGAAAAUCACCACCAGAAGGUUGGGAGCUCAUUGAACCAACUCUAGAAGAAUUGGAACAAAAAAUGCGAGAAGCUGAAACUGAGCCACAUGAAGGAAAACGUAAACAGGAAUCACUAUGGCCUAUAUUCAAAAUACACCAUCAGAAGUCCAGAUAUAUUUACGACUUGUUCUACAGACGAAAAGCCAUAAGCAGAGAGUUAUAUCAAUACUGUUUAGAUGAAAAGAUUGCUGACGGAAACUUGAUAGCUAAAUGGAAGAAGACAGGUUAUGAGAACUUGUGUUGCCUGCGUUGUAUUCAAACAAGGGACACAAAUUUUGCCACAAAUUGUAUUUGUCGUGUCCCAAAGAGCAAGUUGGAGGAAGGCAGGAUUGUAGAGUGUGUUCAUUGUGGCUGCAGAGGCUGCUCUGGAUAAUGUAGGUAAAUUAAUUUGUAUGGAAAAUGGUUCAUAGUAAUUAAAUAUGUAUUUUAAGGCAA